GCAUUUUGCGAAUGAACAGACGUUUUUAUCUUAUUGUAUCCUAAUUCAAUUGUUAUACUGUGCAUGUGUUUUUAUUAAAUUCGUAGAUUUUAAAGUCAUUUAUAAAGCAAAGUGUAUGCGUACAGUAAGAAACUUGGACACUGUUAGUGAAUAAUUUGAGUACUUGUUUUCAUUUGAUUUACGCAAUGCUUUUGUGGAUGUUUGUAUUUCAAGCCUCUCCUAAUUUAGUUUAGGUCAAGAUGGCCUACGUGAAGAGUAUACACUUUUUUGCAAUAUCAAUAUUAUUGAUAAUAUGUAAAGGAAUAAAAGCCCAACAAGAUUGCUUAUUAUUACAAGGCAUUGAUGUAUGGUACGAGCCCAUAGUUGUAAACAUCAAAGAUAUCGAUAGAGGGGAAGUUUAUCAAAAUGUCGCCACCUCUGCUGUUACAGAAAUUACAAAUAUUUUCCAUGAAGGACCUAAUAAUAUUUACUUUAGUGGUUCAAUCAGUAGUUCAAUAUUCUCCUUAAGCACAACUUCUAUAUUUGAAGAAUACGAAGAGUAUGAAACGGCACAAUCGAUAUCUAUACAGGUACAAUACAAGUGUACAAAUGGUCUUGUCGGUUCUCAGUUGUUCACAAUAAAUAUACAGGAUACAAAUAAUAAUAGUCCUCAGUUUCGACCUGCUGACAUAUUUGAAUUCACAAUUCCAACGCCUUUACUACCUGGAUACGUUAUUGGAGCUUGCGAUUCGAUAGUUGUGAGAGAUAUAGAUCUUACAACGAAGAGAAUUGAUUUCGGUCUAACUGGCAGUGAAGACUUUGAAAUUAUAUACGACGAAGUAUCAUCAACAGAACCAAAAGAAUUCAAAGCUAUUUUGAGGACUACGACAUUUAUUAGAACUCUACCAGAAUCUACCGAACUAAUCAUAAGCGCCACGGACGUCGACGAAACUGGGGAUCCACCUAGAACUUCUUAUGCUACAGUUCUUAUCUAUAGUCAUAAUGAUGUGACAUGGCCUGAAGAGCCAGUAUUUACAGAAGCAUUUUACCCCGCCAGAUAUACCAGAGAAAAUGAGCUAAUAUUAGAAAAAGUUAUCUCAUUACAGCAAGGCUAUCACGAAGAAGUCGAAUUCAGUUUAGAGGAAGAAUACAGUAAAUAUUUCAGUCUUAUCAGAGAUGGAAAUAAAGUAUCAUUUGAAGUUAUUUCUCCGCUAUCAAACGAAAUUUUAACACAGCGUCAAAUAUAUAUCAUAGUACGAGCUCAUCGGGAAUUUACUAGCGGAGCUUCAGCUACCGUAAUUGUACAAUUGCCUGAAGAAAUCGGUCUACAAUUUGAACAAAUAUAUUACGAAGGUUUCAUCAUCGAUAAUACGCUACAAAUUGCACACCUUAUAUUAACACAAGGUUAUGAAAAUCACAUAGUAACACUUGACGUCUCUAAUGAUAACUUCCAAGCAACCAUUGAUGAAAAUCGUAUAACAUUGACAAUGACGCCAUUAGCUGAUAAUGUCCUCAAUGAAAAUACCUUUUUAAACUUGCAAGUGACAGCUUCUACUGAACGCAGUUCAGCUACGGCUGUUGUAACUCUAGAAAUAAUUAAGGACGAUACUACAACUCCUCUGUUCGAGAAAGCACUUUACGAGGGAACCUACGACCCUUCUGCAAGCGACCUGACUAUUGAACCAAUAGAACUAGUGCAAGGUUAUGAUGACUCUGUGGAUAUCACACUUAAUGGAGUUUAUGCGAACUACUUUCAAUUACAAAGAGAUGGACCAGUAUCUAUAUUGACCGUGGAGAGCUUGCCAGCAGAAGUGCUCGCUGAACAAAGUGUAUCGCUUGUAAUAACCGCAACUAAACCCAGGACUAUCGGCGCCACGGCCGUCGUGCAGAUCAUAUUACCAACAGAUAUCAAUCUGGAAUUCGAGCGAGCUUUUUACGAAGGUGUUGUAGUGGACAAUACACUUCUAAUUACUGAGCUUAUUUUAACAAAGGGAUAUGAAGGACAUGUAGUGUCAGUCGAUGUCUCUGAUGAAUACUUUACCGUAACCAUUCAAGAAAAUCGUAUAACGCUGAAUAUGGCACCAUUGCCUGACAGCGUCAUCGAAGAAAAUACCUUUUUAAACUUGCAAGUGACAGCUUUUACUGAACGCAGUUCAGCUACGGCUGUUGUAACUCUAGAAAUAAUUAAGGACGAUACUACAACUCCUCUGUUCGAGAAAGCACUUUACGAGGGAACCUACGACCCUUCUGUAAGCGACUUGACUAUUGAACCAAUAGAACUAGUGCAAGGCUAUGAUGACUCUGUAGAUAUCACACUUGAUGGAGUUAAUGCGAACUACUUUCAAUUACAAAGAGAUGGACCAGUAUCUAUAUUGACCGUGGAGAGCUUGCCAGCAGAAGUGCUCGCUGAACAAAGUAUAUCGCUUGUAAUAACCGCAACUAAACCCAGGACUAUCGGCGCCACGGCCGUCGUGCAGAUCAUAUUACCACCAGCAAGGCUAUUAACAUUUGAAGCACCUACAUAUAAAGGAACUUACGAGAAUGGGAUAUUGAAACAUGAUACCAUCAUACUAAAUGUUGGUUAUGAUGAUGACGUCAUUUUCAAAAUUAUAAGUGAUUUUGAUAGCAGUUUUGAAGUAACGAAUAAUGGAAACGAAGUAACGAUAUUGUCAUUGGAAGCGCUUCCUGACAAUGUUAUUUCAGAAAAUAAUUUCAUAUCGAUAAUCCUAAGUGCCUCUGCUAUUAAUGCUGAAACCACUACAACAGCAUUAUUGAUUGAAAUAAUAAAAGAUGACGUCACCGCUCCUGUAUUUAAUGAACAUAUUUAUUAUGCUGCUUAUUCAGAUAAUGGAAUCGAUUUAAAAAACAUACACUUAUCGCAAGGAUAUGAUUCCACGGUAUCAUUUGAUUUGACUGGUGUACAUUCACAAUAUUUUAGCUUGACACAAUUAGAAAAUAAUGUAGCAAUAUCUUUGACAAAUCCAAUCCCGACAGAAGUGAUUUUUAGUGAGAAAAGAUUGAUUUUCAACAUUGUAGCCGAAAAACCCUCAACUGUCGGGGCAAAUGCAGCUAUAACAGUUACUUUCCCAGCGGAACUUACCGAUCCCACUGUCAUGAAAUUUUUACGAAAUUCCUAUAUUGGAUCCAUAGAAGAUGAUCAAUUAUCCUUGGAAGAUAUCAGUCUCAUUAAAGAUCACACAGAAGAUACCGAAUAUAGUGUAUCUGGAGAAUUGAGUAGUUACUUCUCGUUGUUAGAAAGUGACUCCAUUAUUACCGUAAUACUGAAUGGCCCCAUCCCUGAAGAAUCGAUACCCGCCAACCGGAUCGUAGUACUUGAGAUAUACGCAACCGCGGAAAAUGCCUUACCCGCAGUGGCAACGAUAAUACUAGAAGUCGUGUCUGAUGACGAGUCUAUUCCCACUCAAUUGGUAUUUGCAGAAACUUACUAUGUCGGAUCUUACACCAUAGACACUGGUCUCGAACUGCAAAACUCCAUAUCUCUGUCCGAAGGCUACGACGAAGACGUCGAAUUCGAUCUGGAAGGAGACGAUUCACAAUAUUUCGCGAUAAGUAGAGAUGAGAAUUCCAUCACAUUGAAUGUGAUCAACACGAUACCGCCUGCCGUCUUAGAAAACAAUAAUCAGCUGCUGUUUGUCAUCCGCGCUCAAAAACCUGGAAGCACAACUGCAAGAGCAAGUGUCAUAAUUUUACUGCCCGACGAAUUUAAAGAUGGCAACUUACUUGGAUUCGAGCAAAAUAAUUACGUCGGUUCUAUCGAACACAGUACGAUUGAUUUAGUACCAAUAAAACUGGCCGGCGAAUACUUUGCAGAAGUGUCCUUCGCCAUACAUGGAGAAUUGAGUAGUUACUUCUCGUUGUUAGAAAGUGACUCCAUUAUUACCGUAAUACUGAAUGGCCCCAUCCCUGAAGAAUCGAUACCCGCCAACCGGAUCGUAGUACUUGAGAUAUACGCAACCGCGGAAAAUGCCUUACCCGCAGUGGCAACGAUAAUACUAGAAGUCGUGUCUGAUGACGAGUCUAUUCCCACUCAAUUGGUGUUUGCAGAAACUUACUAUGUCGGAUCUUACACCAUAGACACCGGUCUCGAACUGCAAAACUCCAUAUCUCUGUCCGAAGGCUACGACGAAGACGUCGAAUUCGAUCUGAAAGGAGACGAUUCACAAUAUUUCGCGAUAAGUAGAGAUGGGAAUUCCAUCACAUUGAAUGUGAUCAACACGAUACCGCCUGCCGUCUUAGAAAACAAUAAUCAGCUGCUGUUUGUCAUCCGCGCUCAAAAACCUGGAAGCACAACUGCAAGAGCAAGUGUCAUAAUUUUACUGCCCGACGAGUUUAAAGAUGGCAACUUACUUGGAUUCGAGCAAACUAAUUACGUCGGUUCUAUCGAACACAGUACGAUUGAUUUAGUACCAAUAAAACUGGCCGGCGAAUACUUUGCAGAAGUGUCCUUCACCAUACAUGGAGAAUUGAGUAGUUACUUCUCGUUGUUAGAAAGUGACUCCAUUAUUACCGUAAUACUGAAUGGCCCCAUCCCUGAAGAAUCGAUACCCACCAACCGGAUCGUAGUACUUGAGAUAUACGCAACCGCGGAAAAUGCCUUACCCGCAGUGGCAACGAUAAUACUAGAAGUCGUGUCUGAUGACGAGUCUAUUCCCACUCAAUUGGUAUUUGCAGAAACUUACUAUGUCGGAUCUUACACCAUAGACACUGGUCUCGAACUGCAAAACUCCAUAUCUCUGUCCGAAGGCUACGACGAAGACGUCGAAUUCGAUCUGGAAGGAGACGAUUCACAAUAUUUCGCGAUAAGUAGAGAUGAGAAUUCCAUCACAUUGAAUGUGAUCAACACGAUACCGCCUGCCGUCUUAGAAAACAAUAAUCAGCUGCUGUUUGUCAUCCGCGCUCAAAAACCUGGAAGCACAACUGCAAGAGCAAGUGUCAUAAUUUUACUGCCCGACGAGUUUAAAGAUGGCAACUUACUUGGAUUCGAGCAAAAUAAUUACGUCGGUUCUAUCGAACACAGUACGGUUGAUUUAGUACCAAUAAAACUGGCCGGCGAAUACUUUGCAGAAGUGUCCUUCACCAUAUAUGGAGAAUUGAGUAGUUACUUCUCGUUGUUAGAAAGUGACUCCAUUAUUACCGUAAUACUGAAUGGCCCCAUCCCUGAAGAAUCGAUACCCGCCAACCGGAUCGUAGUACUUGAGAUAUACGCAACCGCGGAAAAUGCCUUACCCGCAGUGGCAACGAUAAUACUAGAAGUCGUGUCUGAUGACGAGUCUAUUCCCACUCAAUUGGUAUUUGCAGAAACUUACUAUGUCGGAUCUUACACCAUAGACACUGGUCUCGAACUGCAAAACUCCAUAUCUCUGUCCGAAGGCUACGACGCAGAUGUCGAAUUCGAUCUGGAAGGAGACGAUUCACAAUAUUUCGCGAUAAGUAGAGAUGAGAAUUCCAUCACAUUGAAUGUGAUCAACACGAUACCGCCUGCCGUCUUAGAAAACAAUAAUCAGCUGCUGUUUGUCAUCCGCGCUCAAAAACCUGGAAGCACAACUGCGAGAGCAAGUGUCAUAAUUUUACUGCCCGACGAGUUUAAAGAUGGCAACUUACUUGGAUUCGAGCAAAAUAAUUACGUCGGUUCUAUCGAACACAGUACGAUUGAUUUAGUACCAAUAAAACUGGCCGGCGAAUACUUUGCAGAAGUGUCCUUCACCAUACAUGGAGAAUUGAGUAGUUACUUCUCGUUGUUAGAAAGUGACUCCAUUAUUACCGUAAUACUGAAUGGCCCCAUCCCUGAAGAAUCGAUACCCGCCAACCGGAUCGUAGUACUUGAGAUAUACGCAACCGCGGAAAAUGCCUUACCCGCAGUGGCAACGAUAAUACUAGAAGUCGUGUCUGAUGACGAGUCUAUUCCCACUCAAUUGGUAUUUGCAGAAACUUACUAUGUCGGAUCUUACACCAUAGACACUGGUCUCGAACUGCAAAACUCCAUAUCUCUGUCCGAAGGCUACGACGAAGACGUCGAAUUCGAUCUGGAAGGAGACGAUUCACAAUAUUUCGCGAUAAGUAGAGAUGAGAAUUCCAUCACAUUGAAUGUGAUCAACACGAUACCGCCUGCCGUCUUAGAAAACAAUAAUCAGCUGCUGUUUGUCAUCCGCGCUCAAAAACCUGGAAGCACAACUGCAAGAGCAAGUGUCAUAAUUUUACUGCCCGACGAGUUUAAAGAUGGCAACUUACUUGGAUUCGAGCAAAAUAAUUACGUCGGUUCUAUCGAACACAGUACGAUUGAUUUAGUACCAAUAAAACUGGCCGGCGAAUACUUUGCAGAAGUGUCCUUCACCAUACAUGGAGAAUUGAGUAGUUACUUCUCGUUGUUAGAAAGUGACUCCAUUAUUACCGUAAUACUGAAUGGCCCCAUCCCUGAAGAAUCGAUACCCGCCAACCGGAUCGUAGUACUUGAGAUAUACGCAACCGCGGAAAAUGCCUUACCCGCAGUGGCAACGAUAAUACUAGAAGUCGUGUCUGAUGACGAGUCUAUUCCCACUCAAUUGGUAUUUGCAGAAACUUACUAUGUCGGAUCUUACACCAUAGACACUGGUCUCGAACUGCAAAACUCCAUAUCUCUGUCCGAAGGCUACGACGCAGACGUCGAAUUCGAUCUGGAAGGAGACGAUUCACAAUAUUUCGCGAUAAGUAGAGAUGGGAAUUCCAUCACAUUGAAUGUGAUCAACUCGAUACCGCCUGCCGUCUUAGAAAACAAUAAUCAGCUGCUGUUUGUCAUCCGCGCUCAAAAACCUGGAAGCACAACUGCAAGAGCAAGUGUCAUAAUUUUACUGCCCGACGAGUUUAAAGAUGGCAACUUACUUGGAUUCGAGCAAAAUAAUUACGUCGGUUCUAUCGAACACAGUACGAUUGAUUUAGUACCAAUAAAACUGGCCGGCGAAUACUUUGCAGAAGUGUCCUUCACCAUACAUGGAGAAUUGAGUAGUUACUUCUCGUUGUUAGAAAAUGACUCCAUUAUUACCGUAAUACUGAAUGGCCCCAUCCCUGAAGAAUCGAUACCCGCCAACCGGAUCGUAGUACUUGAGAUAUACGCAACCGCGGAAAAUGCCUUACCCGCAGUGGCAACGAUAAUACUAGAAGUCGUGUCUGAUGACGAGUCUAUUCCCACUCAAUUGGUAUUUGCAGAAACUUACUAUGUCGGAUCUUACACCAUAGACACUGGUCUCGAACUGCAAAACUCCAUAUCUCUGUCCGAAGGCUACGACGAAGACGUCGAAUUCGAUCUGGAAGGAGACGAUUCACAAUAUUUCGCGAUAAGUAGAGAUGAGAAUUCCAUCACAUUGAAUGUGAUCAACACGAUACCGCCUGCCGUCUUAGAAAACAAUAAUCAGCUGCUGUUUGUCAUCCGCGCUCAAAAACCUGGAAGCACAACUGCAAGAGCAAGUGUCAUAAUUUUACUGCCCGACGAAUUUAAAGAUGGCAACUUACUUGGAUUCGAGCAAAAUAAUUACGUCGGUUCUAUCGAACACAGUACGAUUGAUUUAGUACCAAUAAAACUGGCCGGCGAAUACUUUGCAGAAGUGUCCUUCACCAUACAUGGAGAAUUGAGUAGUUACUUCUCGUUGUUAGAAAAUGACUCCAUUAUUACCGUAAUACUGAAUGGCCCCAUCCCUGAAGAAUCGAUACCCGCCAACCGGAUCGUAGUACUUGAGAUAUACGCAACCGUGGAAAGUGCCUUACCCGCAGUGGCAACGAUAAUACUAGAAGUCGUGUCUAAUGACGAGUCUAUUCCCACUCAAUUGGUGUUUGCAGAAACUUACUAUGUCGGAUCUUACACCAUAGACACAGGUCUGGAACUGCAAAACUCCAUAUCUCUGUCCGAAGGCUACGACGAAGACGUCGAAUUUGAUCUGAAAGGAGACGAUUCACAAUAUUUCGCGAUAAGUAGAGAUGGGAAUUCCAUCACAUUGAAUGUGAUCAACACGAUACCGCCUGCCGUCUUAGAAAACAAUAAUCAGCUGCUGUUUGUAAUCCGCGCUCAAAAACCUGGAAGCACAACUGCAAGAGCAAGUGUCAUAAUUUUAUUGUCAGAAGAUUCCGAUCUGAAGCAAAAUGCGUCUUUCAGUAAAGUUAUUUACGAAGGAAUAUUACAAGGAAGCGAUGUUCGUCAUGAAACUAUUACUUUAUCGAAUUACAAUGGUACAGACAUUGAAAUACUAGGAGAAUAUUCAGCAAUAUUCGCGGCCGAGUUAUCAAACGGUCUAGUAGUAAUACAAACUAUGAAUUCAGCGGCAUUACCGACGAAUACCGCCUACAUAAUAUUGGAACUGCAAGCUGGCAGCGCUGGCUCUGGACUCGUACUUGAAGUUCAAGAAGAAACGCAUAUACCACCUUCAGUAACAUUUAGUUCGCCUUCAUAUAUAUUACGAGUGGAGAUUUCCCAAAAUGGCUUCAUUGGAAAUGUGCUCGCUACCGCCGAUAAUGGAGAAACUGUUCAAUACUCACUUCAAAAUGUUAAUGAACACCUCCAAACACGUCUUACGAUAAACAAUAAUGGAGAACUGCACUUAUCUUCCCCGGCCAAUAGUGGAGUUUACAGCUUCCAAGUGAUUGCCACUACGCUCUUCACACAAGCUACGGGCACCGCCUCGGUAUAUCUAACAGUGGAAUCGGCUGUAAUAUGCGGAGAUGAUAUAGUAGUAUCGCCACUUAUUGUCUUGGAUAAAGACGAGGAAGAAGAACAUAAAAACUUGGUUGUCCUCAAUAGCACAGAGUUCGUCGGUUGUCACUACACACUUACAAAUCGUUGGCCUGUCGAUCAAAACUGGUUGUAUGUUGACGAAACUGGCCUGCAUGCGCAUGUCAUCGAUAGAGAACACGAGUCUAUCGCUUUCAUGCCCCUGUCACAAGUUCAAGUUGAACUACUAUUAGAAUGCGAAGGCGACAUAUCCCAUGUUAAAACAUCUAUGGACGCCGGCAUGAAGUCCGAUUGGUUGGGCCCUUACGACUACGGUUCUAGCAACUGGAUACUUGCUGAGACAAUACUGUACAACUCGAGACGAAGCUUCGUUAACUUGAUAGUGAAUGAUAUCAACGAUAAUGAUCCGAUUUUCAUUGGAAAAGAGAAUGAGCCUAUAGCUGUUGGUUAUCCCAUAGCUGAACUGGAAGAGAUUAUUCUGCCGCGUGCGUUAGCUGAAUUACAGGCAACCGACGCGGACAUAGGACAGAACGCAGCGCUGAUGUACUGGAGCACGGCGCCUGAGAUAGCGGUGUCACCAUGGAGUGGCGUCGUGCAUGCCGCUGCACCGCUCUCCGCCAACCUCACACUAACCGUCAGCGCUACCGACCGACGCGGGCAGGGGAACACUGGUUCUAUACAGCUUAUUGUAAAAAUGUUAGACGUAGAAAACAUAGCUAUAGUUACUGUCCAAGAUGCAUUUUUGGAGGAUGAACAGGUUAUCUUAAGCAAUUUAAGUAGUGCACUCGGUUACGAUGUCAAAGUUCUGAGGACUGGUGUUGUGGUUGAAGAUCCACAAGACGAGAUAAAUGAAGAGGCAAUGAGGAAGAAACGCGAAGCUAUCAACAUAGGAGUAUCAUUACAACUUUAUGUUUAUGGAUUAAUACAACGUGAACCAGUUGAUGUAGACCGUCUUACUGAAGACAUAGCGAACAGCUCAAUAACUUCUAUCAGCAUAACGAGUACUAAACGACUAGAAGAUUAUCUGAAAGAUCGCGAGACAUGCGCUGGCCCGGGACGUGAUAUAGGCUUGCUAGCCGCUACAAUUGUCCUCAGUAUACUACUCUUCAUACUAAUUGUGACCAUAGCUAUAUGGUUCAUCCUAAAAUGGAGGAAAGGCCGAAAUUAUGAACAGUUUAACGACGAAGAUAGUGCUGUAUCCCGUAAUGACUCACUAAGUCAAUUACCAAAACCAGAGAAUCGGCCGCAACCUAGAAUAAAUAUAGAAGACCUGAAGAGAAGUGAAAGGAGACUUCAGGAGAUGAUUGAUGCAUCUUAUGUAGAACCUGUUAAGCAUGCUUCUACAAAUGAAAACAUUCCUGUUGACACUAUUAUUGACAUUCCUUCACCCGAUCCUAUAGCUGCCAUUGUGGUUCAAGAUAAACUGAAAGAUGCAGAUCCCGAUCAUGAAGAAGAUGUAUUUGGUGAACAUAAGCCACAAAGAAGAAAGUCUAUAGUCACGUUUAAUGAAAAUGUGCAAAAAAUCAUACACGUUGAUGAGAGCCCAGAAAAUAAUUCAGAUAGUGACGUCGAUGUACAUAAAUUAUAAAUAAAAAUAAAUUAUACCUAAUUUCAGAUAUAGAUUCUCUUAUGUAAUAUGAAUGUAUAAAUGUACAUAUGUUUAUUUAUUAAAAUUUUCUUAAUUAAAUUAAUUAUUACA